CGCUGUCUUACUGCAGUGGUAGAUGCCGCCGCUGAACUGAAGGCGACAAUGUUGCUGCUCUUGUGUGUGCACACGCACUGACACACACAAUUCGAGCCGAUUGCACGCGUGUUUGGUCGGCAGGCGGCCGACGGCGAUGUGUUGGCGAGUGCCUCGGCGCAGCGGGAGAAGCGACUAGUCUGCCGACGGCGACGCAGCGCGAUGUGAAGGGAGGCAAAAAAGCGGUGUGAGUUGUCGCGCGCGCAAGUGACCCUCUGUUGAAAAAAAAUGGCAGCCCGUGUGGAGGACGCGAGUCCUUCCUCCUCCACCACCGACGACAUUGUUCGUAUUGGCUACCUCAAAAAACUAAAGACUAUGAAGAAGAAAUACUUUUUGCUUCGAAAAGAGAGUGCCAAAUUUCCAGCCAGGCUGGAGUACUACGACUCUGAAAAGAAGUUCAAGGCCGGAGCAUUGCCCAAAAGAAGCAUAACUUUGAAAAAGUGCUUCAACAUCAACAAGCGAUCGGACACUAGGGUGAAACAUUGCCUGGCAUUGUACACCAAGGACGACAGUUUUUGCAUCGUCCUUGAUACAGCCGAAGAGGCUGACGAUUGGCUCAACAAGCUCUUGGAACUGCAGAAUGGUGGCUCCGCUGUUCCUGGGGUCGUGCCCAAACCCACCUUUGAGUUUGUGUGGGAAGUCAAAAUGCAGGAGAAAGGGCUCGGCGCCAAUUACGAAAUUCUAGGGCCAUACCGCGUGUGCCUCACGGCAAAGUCUCUCAGUCUACUCAAAAUGAAUUGCAAGGAUGGAGCUGAAGAGGAGCGGAAUUUUUACGAUUUCCCUCUGGGUAGUAUAAGACGGUGUGGGGCUAGUGAACGAUUUUUCUACAUGGAAGUGGGCCGCAUGAGCGUCACCGGCGCCGGCGAACUUUGGAUGGUGACCGAGGACAACCACAUUGCCCAGCACAUGCAUAGCGCCAUCAUAGGUGCCAUGAGCAAGGGAAACAAGACCCUGGGCGCCACGCCUCCUAGUGCCGAACCCGAGCAGGACUCGCUGGGCCCUAGGCCCCGAAACAGAUCGAGUUCGGCCACCGAAUCCUCCAAGCCCAUCCUCGUGCAGCAGAGGAGGAUAAUCCACGCCAACGACUCGGUGACCUCGCUGGGCUACCUGGGAGCAGCCACACCCAGCACCAACUCUACUUCCUUGCUCUCUUCUUCACACACUGCCAGCCCAGCUACCACAGACACAAAUAUUGGUACAGAAACGAGCGGAAGUCGCGAGCGGUGCGACUCUCUGCCAUGCGCGCCGCGCACACGCACUACCAGCGAAAGUUAUGUUCCUGCCUCCAGUGCCCCGCACCACCACACGCGUGUGCUUGGACACGUCAUGUCCGGCCAGCGGCCAGCCUCGAUGUACGCCAAGCCUUCUCCCCCCAUCGACUGCUCCCCCGUCAGCCCCACUUCUGCCGAACACUCGACCGACCGCUCGGACAGUGCCGGCAGCUCGUUGUCCAUCGAUGAAAUCGACGGCAGCAUCCCCUGGCCAGCUGACCACUCGCGCCAACAUGGGCGCAGUAGUUUUAGUGAUAGCGCGGGUGGAUUUACGCCGCCCUCGUCCCGUUACUCGGCCCUGGAUAACGGCCGGUACAAGAGCCUACUCUCGCCAGACGAGUCGUCUGUGGCGUGUCCGAUCGCGGAGGAGAGCCUCACCGACUACAUGCCGUGGAGUCCGCACGAGGAGGAACUGCAGGAGUACGUGCCGAUGGAGCGCCAGACCAGACUCAACCUGCCCUUGGUCUCCUCCAUGAACAACAACAACAAUAAUAACAAUAACAACAACAAAUAUGAUACUUCCAAGACUGCCGGUUCUCCUUCAGAGGGCUGCUACAUGGACAUGAGCAUCAACAGUCCGAGCAGCUCGUCUCCAUUGGAAACCACUGGUGGCUACAUGGUCAUGAGUCCAGGGGCGGACAUAACUCCUCAGGCGCCACAAGCCUCCUCUUUUUCCCUCGGCAUGUACGUGUCUUCGGGCGCUGGCAGCAUCUCCUCGGCCAACCACAGUCGCGCGUCCAGCAUGGCUGAGGACACGCCCCUAGGCUAUGUGCCCAUGCUUCCCAUGUCCCUGCAGCACCGCCAAGAGUCUUACGUGGACCUCGACCACAGCAAAGGCUCAAUCGGAGGAAGCAGCUGCUCGUUGACGUCAGGAACUCACUCAAUGACUAACACUGGAGAUUUCAGCCAUCCUUACUCAUCAGAGUUUCACCUUGAAAAGGUGAGUUCUUACUUUGUGCCCUCUGAGGAUGAGGAGGACCACACCUCCGUGUCCCUGCAGCCCAGCCUAGAAGCAUCUCAGCUGCGGCCGACGCGUGCCUACUCGCUUGGCUCACGGCCAGAGGUGACGCGUUCGGCGGCCACGGCCAUUCCUCGGACUGAAACGCGGCCGGUGAGUGCGAAGACCCAGACUCACCGGAGCCCUUCGCGCAACAGAAAGAACACCGCCCCGCCCUACUUGUCCAGCUCGUGGUCCGGCUCGGGUUGCGUGGUGCCCACAAGUAGCGUGCCUCGGCGUCUUCAGACAAUCCAGCAGCAGACGCAGCAGCAACAGCAGCAGCUGCGCCGCCACGACGACGACGACAAUUUCAGCAUGCUGGACUUUUCCAAGAGCGACACCGCGGAGGACUCUUACGUGGAGAUGCGCGUCGACGGCAAACGCAGUCAGCCCAUCAAUAUCGGUGGGCAGACCAAGUCCUCUACCAGUCCGGUCUGGCUGUCGGGAUUUUUGUCCCGAAAACUAUCGAGCAGCACACCGCCCAAGGCUGUGGUGGCGCCAGAGCCAUCCACUUCUUCAUCGCCAUUCUCAUCGCUAAGGAAAAGGGCGAAAAAGGCAAAAAGGCAAUCAGAGGCAACGACACCGGUGGGCGUGUUUUUGUUCAGCCCGUCGACGCCGUCCAAGACUUUGGUGCCUGAGGAGCAGUUUGCCAAGCUGAACAUUGAGGAGCCUUCUGUGAUAGAGCGACGCGUAGGCACCGUGCAGCGGCCGCCGGUCGAGCAGCUGCGGCCACGCAACUCUGCCUCCGAGUCGGACUACGUGCCGAUGCAGCCAGCGUCGAAACGUGAUGAGGUGGUGCUGCCUCGCAAGGCGCAGUCCGAAUCGGUGCUGACCAAGGACGACAACUACGGCGAGGGCAACUACGCCCUGAUGACGGCCAAACCCAAGGCGAAACCUCCAGCGGCGGCAGCCGAGCCCAAGCCCUCGCCGCUGGCCGCCAAGGCCCCCCUCGCCGCGGCUGAAGACUACGCCCUGAUGGAGAUGUCGCCAGCGGGCCAGCUGGAGCCGUCGUCUGUGCUCAAACCCGUGCCAUCGGCGCUGGAAAUCAUGCAGGCCAUGCCAUCUCUCGGGCCGUCCGAACUCGACACGGACUACGCUCUGAUGAUGCCAGGUGAUGGCACAAACAGUCCUGUUCUAUUUGAGCCCUCAACGCCCAACCACUACCACCACCGCACUGAGGAGCAUUCGAGAACGCCCUUGGAGACUCUGAGGCUGAGGGACGUAAAGGACGCCGCCAAAUCUCCUGAUCCAACUGUCAAGAGACUUUCUUCGGAGCCUGUUAAAAAGGGAGAGACGUUGAGCGUCCACCCUGUGACGACCCUUAGCAGGCCUGACGACGGCGACUAUGCGGUGCUGUCAAAGGACGACUACGUGGUGAUGACGCCGGCUAUCAAGCCGCCCAUGCUUCUCACCACAGACGUGUCCCUGCACCUAAACAACCCGCCGAGCACCCUGACGGCGCACAGCCCCGUGGUGGCCAAGGAGUUGCUCGAGACGAGUAAGGGGGCUGCCACGUCGCCGCGGCCGCUGAAGCCACCGGGCAAACAGCCCGAGCUCAACUACGCAUCCCUUGAGUCUCAGGAGAGUGCCGAGGAGCAGCCGCCCUUCCUCAGAAACCUCUCGUCGGACAGCUCGGGCGAGUCGGACGCUACCACCGUCUGCUCGGCGGGCUCGUCGUCGGCCGCCACGGUGCUGACGUCCUCGGCCACCGUGACGCCCACGCAGUACGCGCAGAUCGACUUCGAACGCACCCAGCAGCAGCAGCAGCAGUGCAAGAAAAAGCAGCCACAGCAGCACGCAGCUGCCAAGAAGAGCAAAGUGCAAUAACGAGCAGCUCUCUACUAAGUCACUUUUACACGCUACUUCUGUCUUUUUUUAGUUUUCGUCUCCUCAGUCGUUUCGGACGCUUGCGCAGUAUUCCAGCUGCUUUUUACACUCCGUUCGUUCGUUUUACCUGUUGAUUACGUGCGUUACUCUUUAUCUAUUUGUCUCUCUAUCUGUCCGUCUGUGCAUCCCGCGCUUUUAUGCAGGCUUAGAAAUCACGCAGUUUUUCCUCCGCUCGGAACGAAAAUUCGAAACGCACGCGUCCUCAUUGCUUGCCUUGGCAGACGUAGGAUAAUACCACUAGCAACGGCAGCUGAAGUUGAGCUCUUUCUCACGGCCAAUGAGGACGCGUCUGAAGCCAGAGUCGGAGCAGCCCGCGGAGAAGUCCCUUCGUGUACUCUAAAUUGAAUGUUUCUCGCGCUCGAAACUUUUUUGUAACAAACCUCAUUCCGAGGUAACUUUGUU